AUGAGUUGUACCACCAGCUUGGCCAAAUGUGAUACCCAUGUGACAAGUAUGUCCCGCAACAUGACGAAUGAUCGCUCAAAAUGGACUAAAGUUCCCACUAUAUCGGUCGUGCAAACGGUUUCAGAGCGGAAUUCGAGCGAGUCAGGUGAAUCAGCUGAGGACAGUUCUGUUGAUGAUGAAGAAACGUCAAAACCCCGAAUUUUGUGGAAAGCAUUCAUUCAGAAUCCAGUUAGGCUAUCGGAGAACGACGCAUGGCCAAUAACACGACCUGAACACUUUGGACUAAUGGCCCCUGAACGCAGGGUUAUCCGGGAUAUGAACAAAACAGUCGGUGAAUAUGAAGCUAUUCUUCCUGUAUUGGGCAACUUUUCAGACCGUCGAUUCAGAACAACGUCCGUAGUCUCACGGAGCACAUUGGGAGGUCGGACGGCAUUUCAUUCAAGUGUUCGAAGCCGCAGACAAAUGCGCUUUUUAAAAACUAUUCCAACCGGGACAUUGCAAUUCCCGCCACUAAUACGAUCACAGCAUUUCGAACAAUUCUUGACGUUUAGCACAGGUAUGCCGUACAGAAUAAGCUUCGACACAGAAGGAAUAGAAAAUGCCGACGCAAUAAUGCUCAACCACAGAGAAACAACUACCGAGUCUCUUCAAUGCCCUAUGGAAAGUUAUCCGAAGGAUUUCACCCAUUAUAAUUCCAAUAAUGAAUUGGAGGGUUCUCCAGAGAAUAGCAUUUACCGACCAAUAUCUAUUUUUGGUCAGUCGAUCUCAAAGAUUCGACGGGACUUUCCCAUACAACCUCAAGCUCCAACAGUCCAUCGUGCCUUGGCUGCCCUCAAAUCGUUACGUUUGAUGCGAAUGCAAAGUGGAGGAUCUAGUAUGCCUGAUAAUGUGCUGCUCAACUUGCAGGCUGCAGAACAAGAAGAACUUAAUACCAAACAAUACCAUAGACACAGCCGUCCAACAACCACCUCACUGAAGCUUUUAAGAGGUCGAAAUAAGCGUGCAAAUUUUCCAGAGGUUCUAGUCCCCUCAGUAAUAGAUUUGGAUGAUAUGUACCAGGGUCCAGAUAUUUUGGACGCGAAGAUUAAAGAACAUGACCUGCAGCUUCCGAUACACCCGGAAAGUGCUAAGGAUCUUAGACAGUUGUACAACAUAACCAUCCUAAAAGAUUCGAUCCUAAGGGAUCUCCUAAAAAGUUCCAGGAUCGAUGCAUUACCGAAAUCUCUACGUCAUCUGGUUCGAAUGGGCACGUUAUAUAAACACACCGGAUGUCCAGAGAAGGGAACUGGAGAACUAGAAGCCAUAGCGAAGAAAACGCAGUAUUGCCCAGUCAGGCACGCGGAAGCAGACACGGCCAUUGGUGAUUUAGAGAACCUGUGGAUUGAGGCGAAAGUUUUUACGACAGCCCUCUUCAACAACUGGAUAGUUCAGAUGCAACCGAAUACGUCCUUUGGCAAAUACAGCCAGACUGCAAUGGACACGCGUAUUCGUAGCGUGACAAAAACAAUCCGAGCUCACAACUCUCUCGCGACCUCCAAAUCCCGCAGUGAACUGUGCAUUUUGCUAGCCACUUGUGCCUCGUUUCCCCAAUAUAUACCUGUGCUUAUGAAUCGAAUCAAUGACUGGCUGGAAGUUUUAUUGAAUUGUCUUUUCAGUUGCGAACGCACAGUCCGAGAAGAGACUUGCUACAUCCUAGCUUAUUUGUUCACUGAACGUAACCUAGUUGAUGCCAUACGAUACCACCCAAUGAUUGACAUAGGGUAUGACGUUGCAGUAACCGUGCUUCACGCAAUCGAAGUGUCUAGUUCAAGCUUUUUACAUUUCUUCUGUUUGCUUGCUCUGAUGAUUGAGGGUUGUCCGAUGUACAGUAUACUGCAUGCUGUAAUGGAUAUAAGUCCGUCUUCACCCAACACAUUAUUGAACCACUUAUGGCCACGUCUUCUCUACUACGCAUUAAAGUACUGGCAUAAAAACAUGUUCUCUCGUGAUCGCCUACUACUGAAGUCGAUUAACGAGAGUAUCGAGCGUGCAUACGUUCGUGGAAUCUCGCGGAAACAGGCCAAAUUGGCUCAGAUCCAGUUAAGCCGACGCUUCCGGCUGGUCACCAAGCCAACGACAAUUUGGCUGGACGAGUGGAAGAAGUUCAAUGUGAAAUAAAAUUCGUCCAUCAUGGAAAGGAAACUAUUAAAUUCCUUCCGCUUGUGUUUUUUCUGGGUUUCGGAGUUCUACCUCCCUCAUUUUCGUUGGUUUCAUAUCACGCCUUGAUUUCACCUAGUGUUCAUGGCAAGAAGAAAAC